AUGACAACAAUAAAUGAGGCGGACCAGCUUGAAAAGUUGGCUGAAGAUGUCCCGAAGUGGCAGGCACUCCUGGCAUCGCUAGAACAGCAGGCAGACUCAGUUACUGCAAGAGUAGAAGAAGUCUUGAGACGAGUUAUAGAUGGAGAAAUCUCGACCAGUAACGGUGUGUCGCUGUUGGACGUUAAGAAUAAUACGAUGUUGGCGUAUUUGCUUGACCUAGUUGGUAUUGUAAACUCCAAAGUAAAUGGAGUCAGUAUUCGUGACAGUGGGUUUGUGAAUAGAGUCAUUGAGAGUCGGACUGUUUUGGAAAAAAUCGCUCCUCUGGAACAUAAACUUCGAUAUCAGAUUGAUAAAGCUGUGCAGUCGGCUUCUUCUGGUAACCAUGUUGAAAAUGAUCCUUUAAGCUUUAAACCUAAUCUGGAUGACUUUGCUGGAGGGGAGGAGGAGAGUGAUGAAGAAGUGGGAGAAGCUGAAGAGACGAAGAAAUAUGUCCCUCCACAUAUUGCUGCGAUGAAAUAUGAUGAGCAAGAGACAAAGGGGAAAGGGGAGAGAGAAAUGGAAAAAUUACGAGAGCGAACUCUUCGUAAAUCUUCCUUGAUCUCUGAACUUGCUCAGGAGUCCACGGAUGCUCCGUUGGAGAUCUCGCAUCAUUCUUCUGUUAAAAAUAAGGUUGUUAGGGACCGUGAGGAGAGACAGCGGUUCGAGGAAGAUUAUUUUACUCGGCUCAAUGUUUCGAAGAAGCAGAAGAAUGCAGAGCGAGAGUUGAUUCGUCGAUCGGAGCUGGAUUCGCUGACAAAAUUUGGAAAUAUUUCUGCGUUAGAUGAUCGUGCUGAUCUUUCUAAAUUAACGAAAAAGAGAAAGUCUAAAUCGAAAGGUUUUGCUAAAAAGUCAAAGAAAAGAAAGUUUAAACUUUAA